CUCUUCCCUCCUCGAUCGCGCGCUGCUAGCCAGAUCCGUUAAAAAGCGAUUUCGCUGGACAAAUCGGAUAAAUUCCCGUUAGAUCUGAAAGAAUAUCAUCCACCGUGGCGACGUCGGUGCCGCAAGACGUCCGUCGUAGAAAACCGUCUCUGUCUCCGUCGUCGUCGUCAUCGUCAAGUUCAGGUCCGAGCACCGUAGAACAGAGAGAACAUUUUAGAAAGAGUACAGAGGUUGAUUAUCCAUUUUGGCAACAGAAUUGGUUCAUUGGAUUGCUGUUCUUGAUGGCGAUCGGGUUCUUUGGUCUUGCUCUCUUCCUCUUCCUCACUUUUGAUUUCGAUCAAGGUUCUCCUUCCUCCGCCUCCGCUUCCUCCUCCCCUCCAUCCCAGAACGUCGAGGUUACUUAUGGGACGGUUUUAAAGCUGAUGCACGAGAAAACAAAAUUUAGGCUUCAUUCACACGAUGUACCGUACGGCUCUGGAAGUGGACAGCAAUCUGUCACCGGUUUUCCUAAUGUAGAUGAUUCCAACAGCUACUGGAUUGUUAGGCCUACAUCUGACACGUCUGCUAAGCAAGGAAACACCAUCCCCAAUGGGGCAAUUAUUAGAUUGCAACAUAUGAAGACUAGGAAAUGGCUGCAUAGCCACUUGCAUGCAUCCCCUAUAUCAGGAAAUCUCGAGGUCAGCUGCUUUGGAGGAGAAUCAGAAUCGGAUACCGGCGAUUAUUGGAGGCUCAUAAUUGAGGGAAGUGAGAAGACUUGGAAGCAAGACCAAAGGAUUCGGCUUCAACACGUCGACACUGGUGGCUACCUGCAUAGUCACAACAAGAAAUACUCCAGAAUAGCUGGUGGUCAGCAAGAGGUUUGUAGCGUUAGGGAAAAGCGAGCGGAUAAUGUAUGGUUGGCUGCUGAGGGUGUGUACCUCCCCAUUAAUGAAAGCACAUAAUUAUACAUGUUUAAGAGAUCACCACUAUGUUUAGCGGGUGCAUGGAUUUUGGAUUUGUUGGUGAGUAGUGCCCGUUUACCGAAUCAGUGUUAUAUUUUUCAGAACAACUUUCUCUGCCGAAUACUCUAUUUUGCAUGUUAUUGUACCUUGAGACUGUACU